CGCGGCUCCGGUGGACGGAAAUCGUCUGGCGCCCCCGGGCAUCAUGUUCAACAACAAGAAGCAGCCGCUGAUGAAGGCCCGCUCGCUGCCGGACAUGGAGCACAGGAUGAAGAAGCGACAGAAGCUGCUGCUGCUCCGCGGCGAGAUGCGCUCCAACUCCGAGACCAAGUUUGACGAGACGGCCCUGGCCAAGGCGCGCAACCAGCUGCAGAACAUGCCGUACAUGAAUCCACAGAACAAAUCGGUGGCCAAGAGCUUCCGCUACAUGCGCCGCAAGCCGACCAUCAUCGCCUUCAAGACGCCGUCGUCGGACAGCCUGGCCGUGGACGAGGGCAGCCGCACGCCUCGCAACGAGAGCCGCGAGGCCAGGAUGGAGGAGGGCCGCUUCGAGGCGGCUGCCAUGACGGAGGGCGAGGCCGUCCAGUACCCGGUCGGAAAGCCGCUGGAGAUCUACAUUGACGGUCCGUACGGCACUCCGUCCAGUCACAUUUUCCGCGCGCAGCACGCUGUGCUGAUUGGCACCGGGAUCGGCGUCACACCGUUCGCCUCCAUCCUGCAGUCCAUCAUGUACCGCUACUGGAAGAACCGACACCGCUGCCCGCGCUGCGAGCACGAGUUCACCUCCGAGCUGCCCGAGGGCAUCAUGAACCUGAAAAAGGUGGACUUUUUCUGGAUCAACCGCGACCAGCGUUCGUUCGAGUGGUUCGUGAACCUGCUCUCACAGCUGGAGAUUGAACAGGCCGAGCAGGGAGGCGUCAUGGACCGCUUCCUCGACAUGCACAUGUACAUCACGUCGGCGCUGCAGAAGACGGACAUGAAGGCCGUGGGCCUGCAGCUGGCCCUCGACCUGCUGCACGAGAAGGAGAAGCGUGACAUGAUCACCGGCCUGAAGACGCGGACGAUCGCGGGCCGGCCCAACUGGAACAAGGUGUUCCGUCAGAUCCAGGAGCAGAAGAAGGGCAAGGUGACGGUGUUCUUUUGCGGCCCGCCGCAGCUCUCCCGCACGCUGCGCUACAAGUGCGACGAGUUCGGCUUCAAGUUCCGCAAGGAGAACUUCUGAGUGGUCAGCGUGAGUGGGCUCGCUGAAGAGGGGAGAAGGAAGACGUGGAAGCGCCUGUUGAAAGAAGACACUGUUGUAAGAGUGCUCGGUUGAGCGUGAACAUGUGUAACGAUGCUGCCGUAAGUAGGGUAGAGACAACGAUGGCUUAUGCUUUAGCGUGGAGUUUGUAAGGGAUAGAGCGCCGUGAGGGUCGUCGCCCAGAAACCGAAUGACCGACCUGCGGAGUCACUGAGUUGUAGGAGUACCCGCUGAAGGAGGACCCGCUCCGUUACCGUGCGUCCAUGACUGUGUGUCCGAGGUUGAGAAAUGCUGAGUGAGAAGUCCUCUUCAUGGGCUGAGUUCGAGAAGAGGGAUGUGGGAGUGAUCGUUUGAGAAGACUGCGUUGCUGGCGAUGGAUGGUGCUUCCAGGUUAGCAGUUGUUUAUCGACAUACGAUGCAUGACAAUUCGAGAGCCAUAUCAACUGUAAAUGCUUCGAGUUGACGACCAGAAUCUUGACAAGACAAGCUUGGAUACUUUCUUGAGAGCCAUCAGAUUAUUGAUGGCCUCACAUGUCCUGGUGUUUUGUACAUUUGCCUUAAUUUUAAUGCAAUGGGUGUAUGCCCAUGUUUUAGAGGACUGAUAGUGUCACGAUGAACAUAUAUUAAUCGGUGUCGCUUGUAUUCUUUCAUGUAUGUCUGCCUAUAUCACACUCAGAUGACUUAGUAGUAAUGAAAUAAACCAUACUCCAGAA